AUGCAACAGAUCGGCUACCGGAUACUGAACGACAUUGUUUGGGAAAAACCUGCACCGGCUCCGAACCUUGGCUGCCGUUGCUUUACCCAUUCCACAGAGAUUCUGCUCUGGGCAACGAAGGCUACGAAGGGCAGCCGGGAACGGCAUAUCUUUAACUACGAAACCAUGAAGGCGGAGAACGGCGGCAAGCAGAUGAAGAAUGUCUGGCGUAUCCCGCCACCCGGCAAGGAAGAGAAGCGGCUCGGUAAGCACCCAACGCAAAAGCCGCUGGCGCUCAUUGCUCGAUGUCUGCGUGCGGCCACCAAUGAGGAGGACUUGGUCGUGGAUCCGUUCUCGGGAUCCGGAUCCACUGGGAUCGCUGCGUUGACGUUGGGGCGCCGUUUCGUCGGCUUUGAACAAGACGAGGGCUACGCUAUGCUCGCCGCGCGGAAGCUGAAUAGAGUUAUUAGGUCCCAGAUUCCCGUCGUAGACGGACCGGCCCAAGGGUCGCCUAGCCUCUUUGAUCACGCGUAG